AAGAGUGUUGUAUCACUUGGGGCUGGAAGGAUCCCUGGAGUGGGAUUUGAGGAGCAAUUAUUAUGAUCCCGUCUAUGCUUUCCCCUCUCACUUUCUAACACAGCUUUUUAUUUUCUCUUCCCUGCUUCAGUUCCAAAAAAGGAUAGAGCUAAACCCAGACGAGAGGAGGGAGAGGGGGUGAAAACAAAGGGGGAGAAACCAGAGGAGGAAACCCCCUUAUUGGACUCCAUCAGUGUGUGUGGAUGAGUGUGAAGGCUGAGGUCGCCGUACAGAGCCAGAAGGACUAAUUUCCAGCGCGGCCAUGGGGGAGAUGGUGAAUGCCUGGUUUGCUGAGCGCGUCCACUCCAUCCAGCCGUCCACCUCCAAAGAAAAUCCUCCACAGCAGCGAGCCCACCAGUCCUCCACGGACCCCUCCUCCGCCUCCACCAUCCUCCCUCCCACGCUCAGCCUCCUGGACAACCGCUGCCCGUCCCCCGCCACGGUCCCCAGCCCAGCCCCCGGCACCCCAACUCGCAAGAUCUCGGCGUCAGAGUUCGACCGCCCACUCAGACCCAUCGUGGUAAAAGACUCGGAGGGCUCUCUGACGUUUCUCAGUGACGCUGAUCGUGAGACUCUCCCCCUGCGGGGCUCAGUGAUGGGGGAGGGAGGGGGAGGUAACGGAGGUGGGUCGAGUGGUGGCAUUGAGGGCGACCGCUGCGCCCGGCUUCUGGAGCUAGUGAAGGACGUGUCGAGUCAUCUGGACGUGACAGCUCUCUGCCACAAGAUCUUCCUCCACAUCAACGAGCUCAUCGCUGCAGACCGAUACUCUCUGUUCCUGGUGUGCGAGGACAGCUCCAACAGGAAGUUCCUGGUCAGCCGCCUGUUUGACGUCGCGGAGGGCUCCACGGUGGAGGAGUCCUGCAGCAACUGCAUCCGCCUGGAGUGGAACAAAGGCGUGGUGGGACACGUCGCCUCCACGGGUCAGCCACUCAACAUCAAGAACGCUUACGAGGACCCGAGGUUCAAUGCUGAGAUCGACCUGAUCACUGGUUACAAAACUCAGAGCAUCCUCUGCCUGCCCAUCAAGAACCACAAAGAUGAGGUGGUUGGAGUUGCUCAGGCCAUCAAUAAAAAAUGUGGGGAGGACGGUGUCUUCACUGACCAGGAUGAAAAGGACUUCUCGGCCUAUCUGGCGUUUUCAGGCAUUGUCUUGCACAACGCUCAGCUCUACGAGACGUCGCAGCUGGAAAACAGACGCAAUCAGGUGCUGCUGGACUUGGCCAGUCUGAUCUUUGAGGAGCAGCAGUGUCUAGAGGUAUUACUGAGGAGGAUCGCAGGAACCAUCUUGUCCUUCAUGCAGGCUCAGGCUUGCACCGUCUUCAUCGCCGACGAAGACUCCAUGAACUCCUUCUCCAGUGUCUUUCACAUGGAAUACGAGGAGCUGGGUGAAGUCCUGGACACCCCCAAAAGGGAUUACGACGUCAGUCAGAUUAACUACAUGUACGCCCAGUACGCUAAAAACACCAUGCUGCCUCUGAACAUCGUGGACGUCACCAAGGACCAACGGUUCCCCUGGACAGAUGGAAACCCAGAUCACACCAGCAACCAGGUAAAGAGUUUGCUCUGCGCUCCCAUCAGGAACGGCAAGAAGGACAAAGUCAUAGGCGUCUGUCAGCUGGUGAAUAAGAUGGACGAAGCGUCAGGCAGCGUCAAGGCCUUCAACAGGAACGACGAGCAGUUCCUGGAGGCGUUUGCGAUCUUCUGCGGCCUCGGCAUUCAGAACACACAGAUGUUUGAGACAGUGGAGAGAGCCAGGGCCCAACAGGAAGUCACGCUGGAGGUCUUGUCGUAUCACGCCACUGCUGCAGAGGAAGAGUCCCGGGAACUCCAGGUAACCGCGAUAGCCACAGUGCCGUCGGCUCAGUCUCUGCGUCUCCUGGACUUCAGCUUCAGUGACUUUGACCUGUCGGACACUGAGACCACGCUGGGAACGAUACGCAUGUUCAUCGACCUCAACCUGGUCCAGAACUUCCAGAUGAAGUACACGAGUUUAUGUCAGUGGGUCCUCAGUGUGAAGAAGAACUACAGGAAGAAUGUGGCCUAUCACAACUGGAGACACGCCUUCAACACGGCUCAGAGCAUGUUCGCCCUGCUCAAGUCAGGGCGCUUACAGAACUACCUGAGUGAUCUGGAAGUUUUGGCUCUAAUGAUCGCAACCCUGUGCCACGACCUGGACCACAGAGGAGUCAACAACUCCUACAUACAGAGGAGUGACCACCCUCUGGCUCAGCUCUACUGCCACUCCACCAUGGAGCAUCACCACUUCGACCACUGCCUUAUGAUCCUCAACAGCUCGGGAAACCAGAUCCUGAGCGGCCUCUCCCUGGAUGAGUACAAAGCCACUCUGAAGAUGAUCGAAGGAGCUAUUCUGGCCACAGACCUGGCGCUGUACAUGAAGAGGCGGGGGGAAUUUUUCGAGCUCACCAAGAACAGUCAGUUUGUUUGGGAGGACGAAAAUCACAGAGAGUUACUGAGGUCGAUGCUGAUGACUGCAUGUGACAUCUCAGCCAUCACGAAGCCCUGGCCUGUGCAGAAAAGGAUUGCAGAACUGGUGGCCACUGAGUUCUUCGAACAGGGAGACAAGGAGCGACAAGAGCUGAAUAUUGAGCCCAGCGAUCUGAUGAAUCGUGAGAAAAGAGAUAAGAUUCCCAGCAUGCAAGUGUCCUUUAUUGAUGCCAUCUGCACUCAGUUAUAUGAGACUUUGGCAGGAAUGUCGGAGUUCUGCUCCCCGUUGUUGGAGGGAUGUCAGAGGAACCGGCAGCAUUGGAAGCUUUUGGCCGAAGAGUGUGAGAAGGGGCCGGUCAACGGCCUGGUGUGACCACGAAACCAGUUUAACCUUCACUAUCCUGCAGGGCUCACCCUCUCUGACACAGUCUCACUACAGUUCAUGAAAUAAGCAUGAUGCUUUAAGGAUAGAGAAAGUGUAUAUAACUGUCCCCCUUCCUGUAAACUAAAGUUGGUCCAGUCCUCAGGUGGGUCCAUCCCUCAGGUGGGUCCAUCCCUCCAGUGGGUCCAUCCCUCAGGUGGGUCCAGUCCACAGCGUCACAGUUUCUUGUGUGGGUUUGAAGCAGAUAACUCACGGUUAUGGUCGUCAGAGCUGUCAAUCAGGACAUCACACCCCCUCUCUUUUAUAUUGCACUUGUUCUUCUCUAUAUGUAACAGUGGAUCUCAAACACCUGCUGUGUCAGAAUGUGUAAACUUUUUAAUAAGUAACUUAAAGAAACUUUUAUUAGUUUCUUCUAUCCAGUAAAUUGGUAUUAUCGGAAUAAUGAUUGAUAAAGUAUUCCCCGUUAACAGCUGAUAAUUUAUCGGACUGAUACAUAUAGAGCAUCCCUCGUUUUUGGUGUAAGCCAAAGGCAAUUCUGGAAUUCUAUCUUUGAUCUCAGAAUUCUACUCUGCCCUUGAUCUUAAAGGCAGAAUUCUGAGAAACAGGAUGGGACUCAAAAACAGGUGGCCUAAACCCUCUUGGAUGCACCUCAGGACUGGACCCACCUACCAGCCAGGUUGUUUUUGCACAUGCCUUGGCUCCACCUGCAUAAUAUCAGCGCCUACCAAGGUGAUCCUUUGGCUUCAUGUCUCACACUGGGUGGAAAUGAAGGCCUUUUGUCCCUUCUGUAUUCAGUCAAUGGCAUAAACAUGUAAACACGUUGCCUUUCUUACCCUGACGGAGGUAGGAGGGUAGAAAUCACGGCACAAGUGAAAUUAAUUCAUGAAGAUAAUCUUUGUUUCCGAAGUCUUGCUCAUUUCUCUGAACUUUGGUGAGACGUGUCUUUCUGUCCUCACUGUCCUCGUGUCUGUCACUCACCAGAGAAAACAGGAGUCAGCACUAAGCUAUAUUUAUUACCGUAAACAUUUUAUUUUUGCACAGAGUGUCUUUCAUCCUGAGGUCUCACACACACACACGCUCUGAGAUGUAAGCAGACCCUGACUGGUUUAGACGUGGAUCAUGUGGGUCAGGACCGUUACAGUAGAAUCCAGACAAUGUUCCUCUAGAGUCACUGUAUAAUGAUAGCUUUGUUAAUGUCGUCACACCACAGUCUUUUGUAACAUUUUUCACUCAUUGUCUUAACUAUUGCAUAUUUAUUUUUGUUUUGUAUAUUUAUUAGAGUUUCUAUAUUGUACUGUCAGCGUUUUAUCGAGAGCACACAAUUCUUUAUAGAGGGAAAAUGUAGUUUUCAUACUUUUAAAGAAAGUCUCAUCUGCUUUUUGAAGGACCUUUCUAAGUAACACCUCCGUCAGAAGACGCCUGAAAUGUAAUUUUUGUUUUUUUUCUAAAUGUAAAGGAGCCAAAGACUAGGCCUUCAUUUUCAGAGAGAAAAGGGUCUAGAGUUUUCCACUGCCUUGUUGUGAUACAAUAGGACCAAUUCACAAUUAAACGAAGGAAACUUU